AGCAGGCUGAUCGGAUGUCUGCCAAGUUCCGAGUUGACAAGUGUACAGCUUGCGCCUUGCGGCGUCUGAAAUGCAGAGUCUCACGGACACCUCUGACCAGUGUCUCGCUUGGAGGGAGCUAUGUAGAGGCAAAGCACAAGCACCACGGCAACUGCUGCGCCGUUUCAUAUGUGACUCCGGGCGAUCCGAGAGAAGGUUCGACUCUGUGCUUGGAGGGCACCCCAGUUCCCAGACCGCGUCCCUCCUCCCUUCCGCUGCGACGCCCUUCAGCCACCACUCCCUCGUUAGGCGCGAGGCAAGGCACACCCGGCACUGGCACGUACCUUGCCUUCCUGCGUUACUUCACCCCACCGUCCGUGCGCCCUCGCCCAUAUAUAACCCAAGGCAUUCCCAUCUUUCUCUCUCCCAUCCUCACAUUCUCCAUCCACAUCGUCAAAACAUAAUGGCCAGCUACAAGUCUUUCCUCAGCAACGAGCUUUUCUCCAUCAAGGGCAAGGUCGCCAUUGUCACUGGAGGCGGCACUGGUAUUGGCAAGGGUAUUGCCGCCGCCUUGACCCUUAACGGAGCCAAGGUCUUCAUCGUCGGCCGCCGAUUUGAGGUUGUCAAGGCUACCGCAAAGGAGCUCAGCGACGCCGCUGCCGAGGCCCAGACUGAUGGCGAGUGUAUCCCCAUCGAAGGCGAUGUUGCUACCAAGCAAGGUGUCACUGAAGUCUACGACAAGAUUUCUGCCAAGACUGACAAGCUCGAUUACCUGGUCAACAAUGCUGGGUUCUCUGCCAACUGGCGCAAGAUGGCUUCUGAUCUUAACGACCCCAAGGAGCUCGCCGAACAACUCUGGUCUAUCGAGGACUGCGACUUUGCCAACAUGACCGCCAUCCACACUGCCGGACCUUACUUUAUGGCCGUCAAGUUCCUCCCCUUGUUCCAAAAGUCAGAGAACCCUGCCAUCACCAACAUCACCUCCCUCGCAGCUCACUUCCUCAACCGAGCCGUUUGUGAAUUCUCUUAUGCCCAAUCCAAGGCUGCCGAGACCCACUUGACCCGAUUGAUGGCGGCCGGUCUCCUGCCCUACAAAGUCCGAGUGAACGCCGUCUGUCCCGGACUUUACCGCUCGCAGCUCACCACCGGCUCCACCGACCCUGACGCUCCCUUCUGGCCUCCUCAAAUCAACGCCAUGAACAAUGGUGGUAUCCCCGCUGGACGGGAGGGCAAGUGGGAAGAGAUUGCGGGUGCUGUUUUGAUGCUUGCCUCGCCUGCUGGACAAUACUUUAACCAAGCCGAGCUCGUCAUCGAUGGAGGAUGGCGUAUGUGCACUUCUGCUUUGGAUGUCAAGUAAAGAAUGAAUGGCGAGGAGAAAAUGGUCUUGCUACUCUUGCUUGCCAAAUACCACACAUACACGAAUGUCCAGAUGUCGGUUUACUGCCAAGAAUGUCACUAGAGAAAGAAGAAAUGUAUGGUCUUGUAACGA